AUGUCAGUCUCAGGAACGGAUUUUGAUUCUUCGUCGAAACAAUUAAAUUAUGGAGGGUGUGAAGGUCCAAGUGCGAUGUACGUUAAACUGAUUAGUAGCGACAAUCAUGAAUUCAUAAUUAAGAAAGAUUUUGCAAUGAUUUCGGGAACCAUUAAAGCAAUGUUAUCUGGACCAGGAACAUUCGCUGAGAAUGAAUCGAACGAGGUUCACUUCAAAGAGAUUCCGUUAGUUGAAUUUUCUAGGUCGCACGUCCUGCAGAAAGUUUGUCAAUAUUUCGCGUAUAAAGUGCGAUACACGAACAGUACAACGGAAAUUCCUGAAUUCUCGAUCGCUCCAGAGGUAGCACUUGAACUUUUAAUGGCUGCGAAUUUCCUCGAUUGCUGA